AUGGUUCGGAAAGUACAAUCUUAUUCGGCCUCGACCUACACAGAGGAGCAGAUAAAGAGAGUCUUCGAACGUCAUCGCAAGAAUAGCGAUGAUGGCCUUUCCAUAGAUAAUCUGACCACAGCCUUCGCUGAACUUGGCGUUAAAUGGCCUGUUUUUAGAGCAUGGUUUGCUAUGUGGAAUGCAGAUGAGGACGGCAAUGGCUUCAUUUCUACAGACAAGGAGUUCCGUGAGCUCGUCAAGUAUGCCCUACAAUUUGAGUAUACAGUUCGUUAA